GCAGUAAUUGGUCAACAAACGUAAUGACAGCUUUUGACAUUGCUUUUGAUUGGUCCACAAUUUUUCUAUCGCAGUCUCGCGGAUAAAAAUGGCCGUAGUGUUGACUUCUUGUCGUGGUUAGUUGGUGAUACUUUUUUCGUAAAUCUUUACUAGAUUUUUUAUCAAAGAACAUAAGAGACUUUUUUCGCAAUAGUGUUGAGUAACUGUUCGAUUGAGUGUGACAAUGUCUAAUGGUACAAGUCCAAGUGUGUUGAGUUUCUUGAGACAGUACAGGUUCCAGAGGAAACCGAAUGGUCCUGGGGCUAGUUCUAGCAGUCCGGUGACAGUUACCUCGGCGCCUUCCAGUUCCCAAAUGAAUAACCAAAACAGAAUAAGGAUGGCAGCGCCAAACACAGUGGUGGUUAGGAACGGGCCGGUGGUAUACAAACGGAUAAGACUGCCAGACUCGGAUUCUGAUGAUGCAGCAUCUCCAGCCAAGAAGCCAGCUCAUGUUGAACUCACAACUGCUGUCAAAGAGAGAAGAUUUACUAAUAUGCUACAAAUGUUCCCUGAUAUAUCUCCUUAUUUCGUAAAAACUACCCUAGCAAAACACGGAUGGAAUGAAGAACGUUCUAGAGACGAGCUAUUGAAGCAUGACCCUGAGAGUAACGACAAGGGUUCCACAUCCACUUUCUUUGGGUCCAAUCCCAGUGUGUCUGGGACUGCCCAGAGACCUUACACUAAUAUGGGCAUAGUUAGGGUCACCAGUGGGCCUAAGACUACUGUGGUAGUGAGGAAAGCCUUGGAGGGUAAGGGUGGGAGGGUCAGAAGGGGUAGCAGCGGUAGUGAAGAUGAUGAUUACGGAGUUAAGAAAGGAAAAGAUGAUAGGGUUUAUGACAGUGAGGAUUCAGACAAUGAGAUAACAGAUGACCUGAUAGGUGACAAGAAAAAGGUGUUUGAAUUCUUAAACAACAGCAAUAUGAAUGAGCUGUCGUUACUCAGCGGAUGUUCCCAGAAGAAAGCUGAGGCUAUCAUGUCUCUGAGGCCUUUUAAAGGCUGGUUAGAUAUGGUAGAAAAAUUCAACAGCAACAAAUCUCUAAGUACGGAACUGUUGAACUCUACACAAGAGCUACUGACUACCAGGAACAACAUACAGCGGCUGAUGAAGAAGUGCGUAGGGUUAGCGCAGCAGCUGGAGUCGGCCGUAGACGCCGGAGCCGGGCGGCUGAAGCAGCCAGCUAUACUGGACGAUAGUCUAACCCUGGCCCCGUACCAGCUGGUAGGGCUGAACUGGCUAGCAGUUCUGCACAAGCAAGGCGUCUCCGGUAUCUUAGCUGAUGAGAUGGGUCUCGGCAAGACGGUGCAGGUCAUCGCCUUCCUGGCACAUCUGAAGGAGACCGGACAGGCUAGAGGAACUCAUCUCAUUGUGGUGCCUGCUUCUACUCUUGACAACUGGAGCAGCGAGCUAGCCCGCUGGUGCCCGGCGCUGCGCGUCAGCAAGUACUACGGACACCCCGAGGAGCGGCGCCAGCUGCGCAUACACUACUCGCGCGGACUCGAUGAUAUCGACGUCGUGCUCACCACCUACACAAUGGUGAACAGUUGUCCGGAAGAGCGCAAGAUGUUCCGCGUGACGCCGAUGCACUACGUCAUAUACGACGAGGCGCAUAUGCUCAAGAACAUGUCCACGCAGCGGUAUGAUAACCUGCUUAAAAUUAAGUCUAAACACCGUCUCCUCCUAACGGGCACGCCGCUGCAGAACAACCUGCUGGAACUGAUGUCGCUGCUGUGCUUCGUCAUGCCGCACAUGUUCUCCGGCAAGACGGACGACCUCAAGAGCUUGUUCCAGAAGAAUUCUAAAUCAAAAACAACUAAGAAGGCAGAAGGAAAAGAAGACGACGAGCUGCCCUUCGAACAGAGUCAGAUAACCCAAGCUAAACGCAUCAUGAAACCGUUUGUGUUGCGUCGGUUAAAGCGAGAUGUGUUACAAGACUUGCCAAAGAAGACCAACCAUAGAGAGCUCUGCUCUAUGUCUGAGAGGCAGGGCAUGUUGUAUAAGGAUCUCAUUGCUGGGUUUGCGGCUAAGGAUGGAACGAUCCGUGCAACAACAGAACAAUCUGGCAUGGCUAUGAUGAUGGACAUGCGCAAGUUGGCCAACCAUCCCCUACUCCUCCGCUACCACUACAUAGACACCACCGUCCGGCAGAUAGCAUCCCGUCUGGCUAAAGACUCUAAGUACAAGGAGAACAACGAACAGUAUGCCUGGGAAGACCUCAUGUGUCUGUCCGACUUUCAGAUACAUCAGCUUACCUUGCAGCACGAUUGUAUCCGCUCCUUCGGUCUGCCGGACCACCUCAUCCUGGACUCAGGCAAGUUCCAGAAGUUGGACGAGAUGCUCCCUCGGCUGAAGGCUGGUGGCCACCGGGUGCUGAUCUUCAGCCAGUUCACCAUGAUGCUGGACAUCUUAGAGCCCUACCUCACUAUCAGACGCCACCGGUACCUGAGGCUGGACGGCAGUACGGCUGUUACUGAUAGACAGGAGCUAAUAGACCAGUAUAACAACGAGGAUAUCUUCGUGUUCCUGCUGUCGACGAAGGCAGGCGGGCUGGGCAUCAACCUGACUGCGGCCGACACCGUCAUCAUACACGAUAUCGACUUCAACCCUUAUAAUGAUAAACAGGCUGAGGAUAGAUGUCACAGAAUGGGCCAAACGCGUCCCGUAACGAUCUACCGUCUGCUGAGCUGCGGUACCAUCGAGGAGGGAAUAUAUCAAGUGGCGCAGGAGAAACUCACGCUAGAGAAACAUGUCACUGGUGUUGAUGAAAACGACAAAGCGGAACAGAAGAACGUCGUUCGGUUAUUAUCAGCUGCCCUCGGCCUCACUUCACCAAGCAAAUGAUUGCCGACCAACCCGUAAUCGCCCAGGACUAAACUGACCAAUAGCCAAGUGACAACAUUUGUGCAAACAUUGGCCAAUGUUCCCGGUUAUGUGAAGUGCGCUGUGAAUUGUUAAUCAAAAACCAGUGAUACAAUUAAUACAAGCUUACAUAGAUUUACAAAUAUUUUGGAUACAUAAAAUCAGUUUCUCGUUCAUUAAAAUGUAAAGAACCGGUGAGAUUUCGUCAUUAUUAUAUUGCCACCCACUGCCUUAUAAAUAUGUCAAUAAACAACAUAAAUAUAAUAUAAUAUUAAGGGCAGAUUUUUCAAUCAUUAGUUGACUUCUAUCUGUGGAAUAAGUAUGGCAGUGUGACAUAUUUUUUAUACUAAAGUUGACAAAACGUCAAACAUUCUUCAGAGAAAAGUUAUUUGGCGAUUGAUAAAUCGGUCCAAAAACCAAAGUAUUAUAGAAGCUAGCUGUAGACUCAGAAUUGCAAUAUAUAACUUAUCAACAAAAUAUGUACUGGUAUUUAGAAUUUAUAACCUUGGCCCGUAAUGAGAUUUUUAUAACAUCCCUAGAUAGCAUUUAGUGGUUAGUGGAGAGCAGGAAAGUAUAUCCAAAUUAAAAGUAUGUUGUUUUUGCCGUUAUAGACUCAAAAAAAUUAUUUGAAUCCAUGACUGCAGUGUCUGAUUCAAUGGCUGAGUUUGGCUGAUCAUAAUUUGGGUUAACUUCAGUUUUGAUGAAAUAAAUUAAUAUGUAAUGUUUUUUUUUUAUAAUUGAAUUAUGAAAUCCGAGGAUCGGUUCCGAUGUCUGCACUUGUAGUAAAUAAAUUAAUAUAAGUAGGGUUGCAAUAUAUAGCGUGACCGGUAAUCAGUGGCCGAUACUUGAAAACGUGAUUCUACUCAUGAUUUGACCGUAAUUUGAUCAUUAGUUAAAUCGCAAUUGCUUAACAGUUUUGCUAUUCUGAUUAAACUAAUGAAUAUAAAAAAAAGUUUCUUUGGGAAAGUAGUCCUUAAGUAUUGGUCAGUAAUUACUAGUCACCCUAUAUAUUUAUUUUUUUAAUUUAGUUAAAAUAAAGCACAUGAAACUAGAUUGCUUUGUAUAAAAAAUGGGUUAGAUAUUAUUGAAGCUAUGGUUGAUUCACCUUUGUUCACUUUUAUUGUGUAACUGUGGAAUAAGAUGUAUGUGUGAUUUAAGAAGUAAACGCGUUAUUUAUUUGUACGAUAUCGCCUGCCACGUAUAUUGCAGUAUUUAUACAUAAGUUCAUUGUCGUUUAUAUCGCUGUACUGAAUAACGUCCGAAUUUACUGACAGCAUAAACGUCCACUUUUCUUAAAACGACUGUUAACUUUGAAAAUUGAACGUGAAUUUUUAUAGUAAACAGUGUUUUAAGAAAACUGAUGUUUAAUGUGUGUUGGUAACUUUUAACUGCGGGUUUCAGUACCCGAUCUAUCGAUUACAUAUUGUCAAAAUUCAAUCUCAGUUGUCAGUGUAACAAUAGUAUAAACGAUAUUAUCAAUCUCGAAGCGCCCACAGAUUAGUAUAUAAAAUAUUAAAUAUAUUAUUUACUGAUUACAAUGUGACUUACUGCUUUGUACUGACAUAUUCUAGGUAAUACGACUAGAUCUAAGAUGGCGUAUUUAUAAAUUUAAUAUAAAUAAUAAAUCUGGUUUUGUUGUCUGUGUGUCAUGAUUUUGGGGAGUGCUUUAAACUACAUAAUUUAUCAAUUGUUAUUUUUUCCAGAAUCAAAUGAAAUAAAAAAACAUAUAAUAGUUUGGGAAUUAUUUAAGGAAAAUAGAAAAGAAAGAAAAAUAUAACUCCUCUUCUUGCCAGUCGGGUUAAUAGAGUAUACAUAAAUAUAAUUUGUUAUAUGCAUAUAAUCUGCGUAUCUUUACGUUAAUCAAUUCAUAUAAAUACGUAACUGAGGCUGUAUAUAAAUAAUAUAAUAUUCCAUAUAUAUCAACGAAGAGCACCUUUACCCUGAAACAUGAAACACAAACAUAAAAACCGAACAAAAAAUUGUAAAAAAAAGUAUACGCGAAUUAACUGUACCUAUUAGAUAAAUGUAAACGAUGGAUUAGUUUAAUACACUCGUAACUAUGGUCAUGUAUAGAUAAAUGUUAUAUUUGGUAAGCUUUAGCACUCUUACAGCCAGAUUCUUCAUCAAAAGUAAAAGUCAAAGUAAUGUCUAAAGUAAAAGUAACGGUCAAAUUCGUUUUUUCAAGGCUAAAGUAACAGCAAAACUAAUAGAUAAAACGAAUUUGACUAACUUUUACUUUAUGACAUUACUUUGACUUUGGCUUUUACUUUUGUUGAAGAAACUGGCUGUUAGUAAAUUAAUAAAUUUUAGUGGGAAAACGUUUUUACGUCGUACUUGUUUCGGGAAGAGUCAGGUGAUUAGACUCGCUUUUGCCUGUGUCUCCACUUGCAUUGAUUUUGGCCCUUACACAUAGGUCUAACUUGACUGUUAUUGAAAUAUGUUGAUUUCUGUUAAUUAUUAUUUUUUGUAGAAAAUUAAUAGUAGAUUUGUGAAAAGUAUGGUUUGGAAAUUCGGAAUUCCCCAUUUCUUCUGCCAAUUUUUUUUUUUGUAAGACCUGGUAACUAUUUUUUAUACUAUUUGAGUAUGCACUCUUGACCGACAGUAGCAACUAUACCAACAAUUAAAAACAGAUGCAAAAACGUCCGAGCAAAUAUACAUUUAAUUGUACAGUUCAUAAAGUACAGUUUUGAUCGUUCAUAAAGGGACUUGACAGCUUAUUUUGAAUUUAUUAAAACUAUGCUUUAUGCCCUUCACUUCUUCACUUCUUCUUCAGGCAUAAAUUAAAUUGAAAUAGACGUGAGCAGUUUGCUUGGCUGUUUUAGAUUUAUCAAGUUGCUAUUGUUGCACAGUAUAACUCUAAUUUCCAAAAACAAACGUCCAAAGACCGAAAGAUCUAAUACACGACAAAUUGGUCGUAUUGUACCUUUCCCCACCAUCUCUACCAUCUUAAAGUAGACCCAGAAGAAAAAAGUCUAUUGAAAAAGUUAAGAGCCCACCAAAAGGGAAACACGAAAAAUUUAUUUCUUUUCUCUCAUCUAUUUCUAUGAGUUGGUGGUAAAAUUGAUAAUUUCUGAAGUGACCUACAGCCUACAGCCAAUAUUUGGGUUUUCUAAGGCCAAAGUAUUAAUAAUUGUACUCAUUUGCAAUACGUGUAUCUUGUGGAUAAUGUUUCAUUUUGCUUUGUAAUGUGGACUGCUCACAUAAACAUCAUUUUUUUAAUGGUUAUUUAAAACUAUAUAUGUAUUUCAAUUAUUAAAGCUAUCCCUGAAAUAAGUUGACACGAGUCUAGUUCUCACCAAUAUUUUUGUCGUAACAGAACACUGCGCGCCUUCGAGUAUGACGUGACGAGAGAAAUAAAAUUAUUGGAACAAAAAUAAAUUAGCAAAAUAAAACAUUAUUCAACAUUGCAAUCUUGUGAGUUAGAUGAUUUAAUUAGUUAUUUAUUCCUUUUUUAGAUCAAUUUUUCGUUUUUAAGUAGUAAGUUUUUAGUUUAAUUCUAGCGUAGUUAACAUUCCUUAGUAAAAUACAUAAGUUUAUUUAA